AUGAAGUUCUCCACCGCUCUCAUUGGCGUCUUCGCCGCUUCCAGGGCCGUUGCGGCCCCCGCAGCGGAACCUGUUGUCGCUGUCGAUGCCGCCUCGAACGAGCCUGCUCAGCUUAUCAAUAUCGACAAGCGUGCGAGCCUGAACUACGUGCAGAACUACAACGGCAACGCGGCCAACUUCCAGUAUGAUGAGAAUGCUGGUACCUUUUCUGCAAAAUGGGGCGGCAACACUGAUUUUGUGGUCGGUCUAGGCUGGACGACUGGCUCUGCUCGCACCAUCAACUACUCAGGUACUUAUAGCGCUUCGGGCAGUGGCUCUUACCUCGCCGUAUACGGCUGGAUCAACUCUCCCCAGGCCGAAUACUAUGUCGUGGAAUCAUACGGCUCCUAUGACCCUUGCUCGCAAGCCACGAAACUCGGCACUGUGGAAUCCGAUGGUGGCACCUACACCGUCUGCACAGAUACCCGCACCAAUCAGCCAUCAAUCACCGGCACUAGCACCUUUACGCAGUAUUGGUCAGUCCGCCAGACUCAGCGUACCUCCGGCACCGUCACCACCGCCAAUCAUUUCCAGGUCUGGGCCCAGCACGGGUUCGGCAACAGUAAUUUCAACUACCAGGUCAUGGCAGUGGAGGCAUUUUCCGGCUCUGGGUCCGCCUCCGUCACGGUCUCAUAA